AUGUCAUUCAAAAGUGCCAGGUCGCCCAGUCCGGGCCCUUCCCAGACAAGGAGUCGGGAGUCUUCGCGAUCCAAGAGCCCAGUGCUGAGGCUGGUGAGCCCGGGACAUCCGAGAUCAAGGAGCCCUUCUUUGGGACGUGUGUUGGACCGGUCGUCCCGAUCCAGGCACUCUUCCAAGGAAAGAGGGGCUACCAUGACGAGGCCGACAACUCCAAUGAGGAGCCACGCCGUAGUCAAGACAGGAGCUGUCGUGAUCGAUAUGGGUACCGGAACCUGUAAAGCUGGGUUUGCAGGUCAACAGACGCCCCAGUCGGUCAUUGGGACUAUUGUUGGAUAUCCAACGGAAAAGUCCAUGAGGACGAGAAGAGACAGAGCAGAUACAUUCGUAGGGGAGAGAGCUCAGUUCGAGCCUGACGUUGAUCUCAUUUUGCCGGUAAGACACGGCAUAAUCAUAGACUGGGAAGCAGCUGAAGUCCUGUGGAGGCACCUCUUCUACCACGACCUCAAAGUUGCUCCAGAAGACCAUGCCCUUUUGAUGUCUGAUCCUCCCCUCUGUCCGACCACGAACAGAGAAAAGUUGGUGGAGGUGGUGUUUGAGUCCCUCAACUCUCCCGGGAUGUACGUGGCGUAUCAGUCCGUCUUGUCGGUCUAUGCCCAUGGGAAGAUUAGUGGGUUGGUGGUAGAUACAGGCUAUGCCACGACACACACCGUGCCGGUCCAUGAAGGCUACAAUCUCCCACAUGCCACAGAAAGGAUGGACAUUGCCGGAGCCAACAUCACAUCUUUUCUGAUGGACCUUCUUAAGGACACGGGACAUUACUUCGACGAAAGCAUCUUCAACGUCGUUGAUGACAUCAAACAAAAGUGCUGCUAUGUGGCCCUCGAUUUUGAGAACGAGUGGAUUCGACCCAAGCGGGAAUAUAUGGUGGACUACCAGUUGCCCGACGGCCAAGUGAUCACUUUGGGGAAAGAGAGGUUCCAAUGUCCAGAGAUGUUGUUCAACCCUCCCCAGAUGCCGGGCCUGACUCUCCUAGGAAUCCACGGCAUGGCUGAAAAAAGCUUAAGGAAGGUCCCCGAAAAAUCCAGGAAGGAAAUGUAUAAAAACAUCCUGUUGUGUGGAGGGUCGUCCCUCUUCGAGGGCUUGGAAAAAAGGUUUUCUCAGGAGCUCAUGGCUACCGUGCCCACCAACACAAAAGUGAACGUCACAAGCACCCCAUUGAGGCACUAUUCAGUCUGGAUGGGGGGCUCAAUUCUCGCUUCCUUGAAAAACUUCCAGCCUUGUUGGAUCAGGAAAGAGGAAUACCUGGAGCGUGGGCCCUACAUUGUUCACAGGAAGUGCUACUGA